CACUGCAUUUAUAUUGAGAUCUUCUUUACUUAACGACCGAAAUCGCUGGCUAGGCCAUGGGAGAGAGAGAGAGAGAUGAAAAAAGACAAGAUAGGAAAGAAAGCAAACAGGUCGAAUCCCCCCCUUGCAAGGUGACAAAAUAUAAUGGAAAAUUAGAUACAGUACAGAGUAACAUGGUUGGGAAAACAUAACGUAUAGGGGAAGACGGGUUCAAAGUAAGAACUUUCUUUCUUGCUCCCCUCGGAUAAUAACGCACAUGGCUUGCCUCGACCCCGGUCUCUCGAAUGCAGGUGUUUUUCUUCUUCUUUCUGUUUCUCUCCUUUUGCGAAAUAUCCCCUUUCUGGCCUUGUAUUUCCCCGGUUCCAAACUCCAGACACCUAUCGGACCCAUAGGUGAUCGAUCGCAGACAAAGACGAGCAAAAAUGAAGGGGGAAAAAAUGUUAAUAAUAAUAAUGGGCCCUGGCAGGUGGCAUUCGUCCAGUUUGAAAGACGGUGAAAAGGAGAUCGAUAUGUUGUAGAAUAAAUGUCGACGACGCAAAAAAAAAAAAAAAAAAAAAAAAAAA